AUGGAUGAUGCUUUGCGUCGUAGCAUCUUUGGUUCAUCUGAUGAAUCAGAUGAAUCAUCGCCGAAGCGAAGGCGCUCGAGGUCGAGAGACUCGGGCGCUAACAGUGGUGUCGGUUCUCCUAUUGACACCACUUCUCAACGAGGUGCCAGUACUUCUGUCGGCACGUCGCAGGAAGAGCGGGGCCGCAGUGUGUUGCGUCUCGCUCCCGAGAAGAAGGCAUGGAUGCCUCCUAAAUCCAUCAUGGAUCACUUGUCGGCAACGACGAGUGAUCGUUAUCGAACACGAUUGUUCGAUUCGCCAAGGAUUCAUCACCUUGACCCCAGUGCGAAAAACUAUCGCGCUGAACAUGAAUUCUUCAUCGAUGCUUUCUUUAAACAUCGAUGGUACAGUGGGAAUCACAAACGUGAUGGUCCCUCACUACUUCAGGCGUGGAACGCCUACAUCCAUAACCUCGAGGAUGUAGGUCGUGACGCUUGGAACGACAAACUUAUCAAAGCUCGUGAUAAGUUUGAAAAGCGAACCCCGACAGAUAGCGCUGGCCACCGCGAGAGUCCUCCAAUCGAGGUAAACGAGGAGGGAAAACGCUCUCCAAACUAUCGUGGGGAAGCGUGUAUCCCCGAGAGCCUCUUUGAUCGCGUAACGCAAGCGUUACGCGGCGAUAUCGAACUUGAGCGGGACAGGCGUCUCCAACUGGCGGACACUGUCUCGAAGCAUCGAGCUGAGUUUGCCUUUGCUCAGCUUGAGAGCGAGAGAGCUCUGACAUCUCUGCCUAACGAGCUAAGGGUAGCUCGUGGGAUUGCUGAUCGGUCUCGGGAUGAGAUAGCUGCUCUUCAGACCCUUGUUGAUGCCCACCAUCGGGAGCACAAGGAUCUCUGCGAGAUGCUUAAACGCAAGGGCGUUCUUAAUCGGAAGAAACAGCGUACUGAUGGUACGGCUUAA